GGCCGGAAAACGCCUAGCUUCAGACGUGACGCGCGUUUCGAGCGCGCGUCUCUGCUGUUUCGUUGAGGAUUUUCCAAUUCACGAGUUCGUCGGGAAUUGUCGUUUUCCCGGAGAAGACGCAGUCAGCUUAGAAUCAACGCCGGCUCUCGGCCUCGGUUGCCGGAGCACGUGUCUCGUUGUAGCCACGUGGAUUCGAACGGGGACGCGAGACGUUUCACAGAUCACGAUGUCUGCAGCAACGAAGCGUAAAUAUGUUUUUCAAGAAUUCAGCGAUAUGAACCUGCCCACGGAUUCACAAAGCAUCGUGCAAAUCGUCCGAGGAUGCGGCAACAAUCUUCACGAAGUUGUCACGCCCGCGGGGGAACAGUACAUCGUCUCGAUGCCCACCAAAUUCAGGCAAAAUAUCUGGGUGAAAAAAGGUGACUACGUUGUUGUCGAACCAAUUGUGGAAGGCAAGAAAGUCAAGGGCGAGAUUGUUAAGAUACUCACAAAGGAUCACAUAAAAUUGUAUCGGGAACAGAAUUGUUGGCCUCUGGAAUUUGAUGUGAAUCACAAAAGGAACGGAGAUUCAAUAGCAACGAAUUUUACUGUGUGCGAAGACGACGAACUUUUUGUAAAUACGAAUCGGUGCUGUCCUACUGAGGAAAUAAGCGACGAUGAAAGCGAUUCAGAUUCCAGUGAAUCUGAUUCUCAUUAGCUCAUGACUUUUCUUUUUGCAUAUGGUGUAAAAUGUACAUAAUUUUGUAUCUGUAAUUUGUUAGAAAGUAACUGUACUCUUGUAUUAUCGCUAUAUAAGCAGUUAAGUAAUAAAACUACUUUUGCAUAUAA